AGGGACAGGACGUGCUCUCCCUCCUUCCGCGUCGUCUCCUACAACCUCCUCGCUAGCUCAUACGCCGACUCGCCAUUUGCCCGGGAGAAACUUUUCCCCUACGUGCCUGCGGCGGCCAUGGAUGCAGACUACCGCAAGCAGCUGCAGUUGCUGGAGCUAUUCGGGUACAACGCAGAUAUCCUCUGCCUGCAGGAGGUCGACCAGUCGGCGUUCCAAGAGUUCUUCGAGGAGCAGCUGGACAACGCCGGGUACUCUUGCCACUUUCUGAACAAGGCGGGCAGCAAGCUCUCGACUGUGGCGCAGGUAGUGGCGCUGGGCCCUCGGGACGGGGCGGGGGAGGAGGGAGGGCUGAUAAUCGUUAACACUCACCUCUUCUUCCACCCCGAGGCCUCCCACAUCCGCAUGCUGCAAGUCUCCGCAAUCCUAACGGAGGCGAUGGACAUGAAGGAGAGGAUGGAGGAGAGGUCUCAACGGGCCUGCGCGGUCCUCUUCGUCGGGGACCUCAACAGCGAGCCUGACACAGGAGCGAUCGAGCUGCUGGCGGGAGGAGCCGUGUCACCGCAGCACCCGGAGUGGGAGGCCCACGCGGGAUUCCGAUGGGGGGACAACGGGGAGGAGGAGGUGGGAGUGCAUGCGGACUCGGGCCCGUCAGUGAGGAGGGAGGAGGGGCAGGCGCUCAAGGGGAUGAGCCUGUCGCAUCCCCUCGCUCUAGCGAGCAGCGACGGUCUUGGCUCGUCCUUCACCAACUAUGUCCGAGGAUACAUCGGAUGCCUCGACUACAUCUUCUACGAAGCCUCUGCGUUGAGAGAAGUGGACACAACGGCUCUGCCCUCCUUCAAGUUUCCCUCCGACCACAUCUCCAUCUGCUGUGAUCUAACGUGGCGCAAA